UCUUGUUCCGACUAAGAUUACUUGAUCAUCAGUCUCCAAACUCUCCAACAUGAAAACCGCCGUGUUAUUAUUGGUCGUCGCUUUCGCGGCUCUAGCUUCAGUCCAUGAAGCAUCCGGAAAGGCUAUCGAGAGCAAAGUAGCUGGAAGGAAUAAGCGUGCUAUCUUCGGACUCGGCAAAUUGGUUGGCGGAGUAGUAGGCGGAGUUGGCCAAGUGGUUGGCGGAGUAGUAGGCGGAGUUGGCCAAGUGGUUGGCGGAGUAGUAGACGGAACUGGUAAAGUGGUUGGCGGAGUGGUAGGUGGAGUUGGCCAAGUCGUUGGCGGAGCCCUGAACAAUACUGGUAACCUCGUUGGCGAUGCACUGGAAGGAGUUGGCCAAGUCGUUGGCGGAGCCCUGGACAAUACUGGUACCGUGGUUGGCGGACUCCUCAACAAUACUGGUAACCUCGUUGGCGAUGCACUGGAAGGAGUUGGCCAAGUCGUAGACGGAGUAGUGGACGGAGUACAAGACUUGGUAUCAAACGUACUGAACUCAACCGGCGCUGCACUCGACGAAAUUGUGAACUCCGCAUUAAACCUUGUUGAACAAAUUACUAACGUCGAUCUGAAGGAGACUCUGACUAAUAUUUUCAACGGUGUGUCAGAACUAGUCAAUGAAAUAGGAACCUCCCUAAAGGAACUGAGCGAGCAAGGCUUGGAAGACUUAAAAGCUAAGAUUGCUGAACUUAAGCAACAAAUUGAAGAAGCUCAAAACGCAGUCAAUGAGAUAGCUUCGGGUAUUGCAGCGGCUAAGAAGGAACUACUUGUUAAUUUACUAACGGAGGCUAAUGCGGCAUUGGACUCAUUACAAGAGCAGUUAAACGCAUUGAUAGAUGCUGUGCAAGAUAGUGCUUCUGCUGCCAGUAGCGAUGCUGCCAGUUCUGAUGCCGCCACCGCCGAAGCAACUGCUUAAACUGUUACCAAAAGACCACGGACUGAACUAAUUCUUCAACGACAAUCUGAGUACAGUGAAAUGUUUUACUUUUAUUUUUCAAAUUAUGUUCAAACUUGUUUAAAUUCACAUCAUCAGCUUAGUUUAUCUUUUGGAAAUAAAUUUCUGCUUGUAUUGCA